CUUCUUAUUGUCUAAAUAACAUAUAGUUUUAUAGCUAUAUGAAUAUGUUAAGUUUAACUCCAGCAGGACUUCAAAAUACACCUAUUACUCAAUAUCUUUUAUAUGGAACAGUUUUAAAUGCAACAUUAGCAAGUAUUUUUAAUAUUAAGCAUUAUUUUCCUAUCCAAUUGAUACCACAUUUUAUGAACUAUCAUCAGUAUUGGAGAAUUCUAAGCUGGCAAAUGAUUUAUAUUAAUGCAGGGGAGGUUUUAUUUGGUACACUAACAUUUUAUAAUUUAAGAAUUGUGGAGAGACAUUUUGGUGCAAGAAAAUAUGCAUCAUUUAUUAUUUUAUCAUUUUUAUAUACAUCUAUAUUAACACCACUUAUUUUAUGUUUUAUUGUAAAUCCAUUAAGUCAAGGGCGUUAUCAAUAUCUUCCACCGGGACCAACAGCAUUGAUUUUUUCUAUUUUAGCACAAUAUCAUACUAUUAUUCCUGAAAGUUAUAAGUUUAAAGUAUUAAAUAUGCCGCCAGCUAAAAGAGGAUUUUUUUUAUCUAAUAAAAUAUAUCUUUAUAUUCUUUCAUUUCAAUUACUUUUUGCACAAUCACCAGGAAGCAUUUUAGAAGCAAUUACAGGAUGGAUUAUAGGACGUCUUUAUGUUUUUAAAUAUCUUCCAGGUCUUAAAUGGAGAAUACCUAAACGUAUUUUUGAAAAAAUAAUUAAUAAUGCACCAUCUAUAUUUACUCCAAGACAAACUAAUAAUAAUGAACCAGAACGUGUAAUUCCUACAGGUACAUCUAUUUUAAAUGCAAUUAGUGGUAUUUCAGAAAGACCAGAAUUAAGUGGAGCAAGAGAACAUGAAAUUGAAUCUAUUGUAGCCAUGGGAUUUACAAGACAUCAGGUUGUUAAUGCAUUAAUAAGAGCAAAUAAUGAUAUCGAAAUGGCUAUCCAAAUUUUAUUAGAAGAAUAAUUUUAAUAUUAUUUAUUUCAUCACAAAC